UGAACAGUGCCGCGAGCGUUGCGUCUCGCGCGAGCAAAGAAGCAAGCGAGCUAGAGAAAAAAAAAGAAGCGGGCGAGCGAGCGAGAGAAAAAAAGAAGCAGGCGAGCAGCUGUAGCGAGCGAUACGUAACCCGCGUCUCCCCCACGACCCCCGCCUCCUCUCCUGCCGCCGCCCCGCCCUCCCCACCCGCACGCGUCCCACCCUCCUCCUUGACCUCCCUCGCUGCCUCUCCUUCUCUUCCUUCUCUCUCUCCUGUACCGCCGUCCUGCCCCAUCCACCCAUGCUCCACUCCGACGGCGACGAUGACCUGUAGGCGAAGGGCGACGAUGACCUGUAGGCGAAGGGCGACGACGCAGAGGAGAGGGAGGUGCGGCAGCAUACGGGAGAGGGUCACCAGCUAGCGUCGGCCUGUGCUGGUGAGGUCGGGCUCCACCGUUCCUGUCCCUCGUCCUCACGCGGCCUCUCUUGGUCACUGGCGCUGCAGUUGCGCGGGGCGUGAGGAUAGAGAUGUUGGCCCUCGUCCAGGAACGCGGCGUCCAUGGCCGCUCCUCUCCUCCCGAUUUGCCUCCUCUUCUUUGUGCGCGCCGGCCGCUGCAGCUCCUCGCGCCGCCUCCGUCCAUCCCACCUCUCUUGUUUUCCUCCUCUCUCAGAUCGGGCGCCUUCGCUCGCCGUGGUUCCAGAUCGGGCGGAUUGGAGGAGCAGUGGAGGGCGAGGCCUGGAGCUCCAUCGGCAGCGCGCGCUAGACUGGUGCCAGGCUGCAUCUUCUCCUACCUCCGUUCUGGUGCCUCCUCCUACCCGCGUAAACAGCGAGCGGAGGGCGUAAUCACGUAAGUGCCAGAGUUUGGAGGUGGAUGUUACUUCAGGAAGGAAGUUGGUUACAAUUUUUCAUUUGUUUGAUGCAGCAGGGACAAACUAAUUUGCAGGGAUAUCAUGUGCAUAUGUACGAGUUUCCUUUGCUUCGGUUGGAGAUAUGUGUGUGCCUGAAGAUAUAAUCUUAAAUGCAUUUUAUAAUUUCUUGGUGUUGCGAUCUCUCCCCAUCUUAGCAUUGUCUUUCGUUGGAAGGGGAGGAAAUUUGUGUAUAUCACACCUAUCAGCUGCAUCCCACAAAGAGGAAUUUUGUGUCAGACAUUGCCAUUGGAGAAGCUUUGACAGGAAAUGGAUUGUAAUUUGCAAGUGAGGUGGGGCUUUUGAUUGGGCCUUGUGGUGGUUGGAUCCGCUAACAGAUAGGGAGAAGCAUGAUAGAUCGGGCAGAGAUCGCAGGUCGCGGCCAUGGGAGAGCAGGGGAGGCGUGGUUUACGUGAUGGAUAUGUAGUAGGGGAGGGUGAGGAGGACGGGCAUGUGGGAAGGCACAGCAAUGCCGGAGCUAAAGCGGGCGCUUGUGUCACGGUGGUGCUUGCUGGUCAUCGUCCAUAAUCUCCAAGUGCAGAUUGGACGAUGAAGAGACGAGGAAGGAUGUUAGGAAGAGUGAAGAACAAGGCGGACCUUCUCUGGUGGAAGAACAAGAUGAACCCUCUUUUGUGGGUCCUGUUUUUGGCAAAAUAUGUGGGGACUCGAAUGACAAUGAGCAGGUGCCAUUAAUUCCUACAAUGGCCUUUUUCUUCUUCUCAGAAGCCAGAUAAUGUUCAGUUGGAAGAGAUGGAUAUGAGGUGCGUGCAAGUACAAGUGUGCAAUGACAGUCAGUGCACACAAGAGAGCAUAAAUUUCAGUAAGGAGAAGCUCAAAGCUGUAAUGGAAGAAGAGGCAGUGCUAGAGGAGGGACAUAAUAACAGUGAUGACUCUAAGGCUGCUGCAUAUGACAGUGAUAACAAUCCUUUCUGCAUGGAGAAGUACAGGAUAAUUGAAGACACAGAGAUAAUUGAGGGGAAUAGACUAGCAGAGCAAGAAGUUGAAGAUGAAGAUUCAGAUGAAGAUGAUGAGGAUUCAGAAGAGGAACAAUUACAUUAUGAGGGUGACACUGAGGUUGAGGACUUGUUUGAGAUGGAGGAGGAGGAGGAGCAGGAGAAGGAGAAAGAGGAUGAGGUCAAUGUUGUUGCAACAGAAGAAACACCAAUGCAAAAACCUCCAAAAAAGAGGAAGAAGCUGGCAGUUAGGAGAGGCCCUACUACUAGGACACAUUCAAGUGUGUUGGAGGAGGUGCAACCUGAUUUCAUUCCUUCAUCAGAUGAAGAAGAUGAUGGAUUGCUGUUUGAGGAUGAUGAUGAUGGACAUGAGCCAAUGUCCUUUGUUCUACCUAAAGGGAGGAAGAGUAGGGCCAAGAAAAUAAAACCAAGGAUCUGGUACAAUGACAAACUUGAGCAACCACAUCAGCAGUUAUGUCUGUACAUGUGCUUCAAGAAUCAGCAUCAAUUCAGAGAUGCUUUGUUGAGCUUGCACAUCACACAGGCCAGAGACUUCAGGUAUCACAGGAAUUCAGACCAAAGGAUCAUUGCCUGUUGUAAGCAAGAGCACUGCCAGUUUUGCAUAGUUGCUGCAGUUAUCAAAGGGGAGAAGACUUUUGCUAUUAAGAAAAUGAGGCUGGAGCACACUCGCCCUAGCAGCACUGAGUCAUCAAGGAUCAGUGCCAAGUGGCUUGCAAAGACCUAUGAGUCAUUGUUCAGGUCUGAUCCAACCACCAGCAUACACACUCUAAUUGACAACUGCAAUGAGAAGUAUGGUGUUGAUGUGCCAAGGCACAUGGCCUAUAGGUACACCAACUGCAAGCAACAGUUGAGACCAGAGUUGGCUUUGAGGAAAAACAAGCAUGUGGCACCUGCAAGAUCAAGGAAUGAAGAUACUCCAUCAGGAUCACAGCAGCCACCAGCAAGGUCUGCUUCUGCAAGAACUACUUCUGCAAGAUCUGCUAGUGCAAGAUCUGCUACUGCAAGAUCUGCUAGUGCAAGAUCUGCUACUGCAAGAUCUGCUAGUGCAAGAUCUGCUACUGCAAGAUCUGCUACUGCAAGAUCUGCUUCAACAACUGCUAGAGGGUCAGCUAGUGCAAGUGCAAGAUUUGCAAGGCCUUUCACUGCCCCAAGAUUUGCUGAAGGAGCUUCAUCUUCUGGUCCUUCUACUUCUGGUGCUCCUUCAAGUGCCACAGGGAAUUAUACUCGUUUGAUGUCGUACUUUACUGCCAGUGGUAACUUAUGAGUGAUAGAAUGUUGCUACUUUAGUCUAAGUGGUGCUACAAAAUUGAUGUAUGUUCUAAUGGAUUGCUAAGUUGAGUCUGAUGUGAACUGCAAUAUUUGGUCAUUUGGCACUUGUGAACAACUCAA